AGCUUUUGUGGAGGCUGGUGGCAGCCCUCUUUUGGGCACUCUUGGAGGUCAAGAUAGAAGAUCCAUCAAUGAGAAGAUCAAUGAUUUCAAUUAUCUCAAAUUAGGUUUAACUAUGGAUCGAGUUGUCUUAAACACUGAUGUGGAUUACCAAUGGCUUACGCCAGAGAUGAGGGCACAAGUGUAUAUAUUGGAUCCACAAUCAGGGUUUCAAGCUCCAAAAGAGGAGACAUGUUUGAAUAAAAAUCUAGAGGUCCAAUCAAGUCAUUUGCUCAACUUAGUUGCUGAAGAGAUACAAGGUGAGUUACCUAGUGCAACAAUUAAAAAUCAAGAAGAAGAGGUAAACACUUUACUCUUGGAGAUUGAAGGACAACUUGAAGAAGUGGAAAACAUGCCUGCAAAAGCUAAACAAGGGGAUGUCCCUAAGGAGGAAGAGGAAAAAGCUCAAGUGUCAUUUGAAGUGUUUAAUGGGGAGUCUCCUUUAACCAAAUCUGAUUUUAAUGAUUAUUUUGUUAUUGAUAUGGUUGAUGAGAUUUUGCAAAAAAACACUUAUGAGGAUCCAUUUGAGAUUUACCUUAUUCAAGCAAAAGACUCAAUCAAAGAAUACAUAAAUUGCUUGAACACAUCAUCUUUCUUGGAAUCAAAGGGGGAACUUCUAGAAGAAUUGGGAGGCACAUCUUUUGGCCUAAACCCAAACCACCUCAUAAUAGUCAUUGGAGAAAAUCUUAUGGUUAAUGUAUAAAUUGUUGUUCUUUGAUUUUGGCCAGGAAAUGAUUUAAUUGGAAGAAAUCCUACUUUUUAGAAGUAAAUUGAAGAGAUCAGAGACUUGAGGAUCAACUUGUGCAGAAUCCAAAAGUCAGGAACCAAAUCUGCUAUUUUACCAUUAAAGAAAUUGCAAAAGGAGAC